UGGCUGCAUUUGAACGAAACGGCCUCGCGGCUGUCGCCGGCUCCCCGCCGCUCCGGGGCGCCUGAGGGCACUGUACCGGAAACGCGCCUCUGGUGUCCGAAGUGCAGCGGCUGCCUGUCUCCGUCCCCCAAACCCCGGAAACAUCCGCCCUCUGGGAGACGAUGCUUAAGGCGGCAAAGAAAACCAUUUCCUGGAACAUCUGAGUUUUAAUUCAAGCUUAAGUUACUAACGACAAUCAAGGGGCAAACAUGCUUAACGCCGCAAGUGAACUGGAGUUUUCGAACCAAACAAGUUCUGAGGAAAUCUCCCAGCUCUCUUCCCUGGAGCUGUCAUCCAGAGAAAAAAGCUCAUCAUGUUCAGCCGAAAAACCUGGCUACCCCGACUUCAUUUACGUUAUGGCAGCCAACAUUUUUCAGGGUAUUCGAUUCGAAAAGUCACCAGAGAAGGUCUUAAUCAAGUAUGGGAAUGAACCCCUGCCGUCCUCGCCCGAGUCUGAGGAUGAAUCCUUCCAGCGUUUAUCCUACGAACUGGCUUUCAGUGCCCUGAAGUAUCAAGAUAUUUUGGAAAGUAUAUUAAUAGACAGUUAUAUUUUCCCAAGUACCACAAUACCAGAUCAUUUGAGCAGUCUUAUUAUUGUCAUGCUGUAUGAUUUCCAAGAUAGAAAAUUUCAAGCUCGUCUCCUUUCUGAUAACGAAGACUCCAUAUCGGAAGUUCAAGAAGUAGAGAACCUUCUUCACAGUUUUAAGACAAAAUUGGCUGCAUCAUUGGCAAGAUGUCGAAUCAAACACGAUGCUCUUUCAAUUUACCACAUUCUACCAGAAACAGUUAGAAAACAGGAACUAAGGGCCUCCACUUUGCCACUUUAUGCUUGGGUAAAUACUUGCAAAGUCAGCCCUGAAGAAGUUUAUAGUAAUUUGAAGAAAAAAGGCUAUCAUAAAGUCAAAUCUGUAUUGCAUAUUGAUGAUAAAGUCUUUGCUGUGGACAAACAUUGCUAUGAUGUCUUAAUUUUCCCAUCUCAUCUUAAAAAUGAUCUUCUAAGUAUAGAUCUUUUCAAGGAUUAUAAACUUAUAUUUCAGGACAAAUCUCGAAGUCUUGCUGUCCAUUCGGUAAAGGCUUUAUUGAAUAUGGAUGAUGACAUCUUAAUGGUCAAUACAGGUUCUUGGUACACAGUUGCCCAUAUGUCAGUCUUAACAAAUAAUAACACCUCAAAAAUAUUUGUUUGUGGAGUAGAAUCACAAGCUAAGGAUCCUGACCUGAAAAACCUUUUCACAAAAAUGGGAUGUAAAAAUAUUGAAAUACUUCACGAGACAUUUAUUAACAUUGAAUCAAAGGAUCAUAGGUUACAGAAAGUUAAAGUGAUUCUGCUUCUACCUCGUUGUUCAGGACUGGGUGUCAGUAACCCAGUAGAAUUUAUUUUAAAUGAACAUGAAGAUACAGAUUUACUUAAAGAUUUCUCUCAAGGAAGAAUAUCGGAAGAUAAACUUCAUGUUCUUGCUCAACAGCAAUAUGAACAGCUAACACAUGCAAUGAAAUUUACUAAAGCUCAAGCAGUGGUUUACUGCACAUGUUCAGUUUAUCCAGAAGAAAAUGAAGCUAUUGUUAAAAAAGCACUGGAAUUUCAAGACCCUGGGAUCAAAGUACAACCUUACAGGCUCAGUCCUCCUGUUCUUCCGCUGUGCUCCUUAAAGGAAAUACAUUUGUCUACUGAUAAAUUUUUCAGGAUGGAACCAUCUGAAAUUACCAAUGGUUGUUUUCUUUCUAUUCUAACAAGGGAGCGGGACCCAUCUGAGACAGUGUCUGUGAAAGAUGUUUUGGCCCGUGCUGCAGCAAAGGGUCUCCUGGAUGGGAUUGAGUUGGGUAAAUCAUCAAAACGCGAGAAGAAGAAGAAAAAAUCAAAAACAUCAUUGCCAAAAGCUUCCACUAAUGAUAACUGCAUCCAAAUGAGAAUUGCUGAGUUCCUGAAUCGAGAAGCUAAAGCAAAUGCUAAUCAAUCAGAGACAGUAACAACGAAAACACCUCUUCCACAGAAAAACACAACUCAAGUGGGUGCUUCCUCACAGAUCAGAAAAGCCAUCAAGCCUACCACCAAUGCUUUAGUGCCCACAUUUAUGAAGAACUCAUCUCUGUCCAGACCAUGUGAGCGGCAAACAAACUUCGUACGACCUCGACCAGAAGAUAAAAUGGUUGCCCUCAAACCCGUGGAGAUUGUUUUGCCUCCAGUAAUGAUGCCAUUUUCAAGUCCCCAGGGGAUCGGAUCAACUCAACAUUGUUGCUAUCGCUGGGUUGCACCGAAGCCUCUUGUGCCCGCCUGCCUUCCCACACCUUCAAUAUCCCGAAAAGGAGAAAAGCCGAAAGAAAACUCACCUCCCUCCCUGCCCGGGCAUCGUCGACCGUGGCUUUGACUGCCUCGAUUUUGUUACAAGGAUUAAGAGCGGCUGACUGCUUUUUUCAAAGUCUGACAUUUCUCUGAAGGCUAAACAUCCCUAAACAAGAUACUCAUGGUCACUUAGUAUCUUCUAAAUGUGACAUUACCUUCAGAGAAGUAAGACAAGUGAGAAGCAGUAAUGUGUGAGAUUAAGCAAGGCAGAAUUCAGGAAUUUCAGUGGCUCAGUGCUGGUGCCGUUUUAGAAUGUCACUUGUACUCAGCGUCAGUUUUUAACAUUCCUGUUAACUUUCAGUCUGAACUUAACACACCAGAGUUUUUAAAGAAAGCUGCAACACUUUUUUUUCUUCUGAAGAAAAACACUUGCUGCCUUAUGACAUGCUUCUUUUCAAACUUAAUUUGCGAGGAAAUUUAUUAGAAAGCAUAGCUAUGGAAAAGAUGCGGCCCUCUCCCACUAACUUCAGAUUGCUCUUCAGCAUCCAGUCAGUUGUAGUUUAACAUUUUCAAUCACUAUCAAGGUUGAUUUUUUUUUUUUUUUAAAUCCAAGUAUUCUUUAAACAGAGCAUGACACGAGGUUUUGUAAUGUGACCAAGGUUGAGUAUGAGUAGGAAGAACAGGGAAUUCCAGAGUUCCAGGAGUGGGAAGCUCAGAUGUCCAUUUACAGAGUGAAGACUGUUUCUCACAGGAAAACUUCUAGGAUCCUGAGUAGAGUUGAACAUAAUCAGCUCUCCCUUCUGACCAUUUAUGCCAAAUACUGUUGUAAAAAAUGACUGAAAGCAAAUCUCCAUCUAAAUAUUAAUAAUUCUGAGGAAGAGGCAAAACUGUUGAAUACAAGUGACACAUACUGUUGAAGAAAACCAUAAAAAUUCUGAUUUUAUGUGAAGAUUAGGUGAUACAGUAAAAUGAACAAGUCAUUUCCAAUUGCAAACAGUAAUAACUUUGGCAAAUCAUUUCUGAUGCUCAGUCUAUUCAAAUACAUUGCAGCAGUAUGUUAAUUAUAUUAAAAGUGAAUUCAUCUUCAAUGUACUAUCAAUGGCCUACCAAGAAUUAGUAUGAUUAUCAUUUCUGGGUCUACUGACUUUUUUCAUCAUGCCAACAGAAAUUGUUUGACAUUAAAUUGAGUAAGUUACAACUAUAAAUCUUACUGUUUAAAAAAAAAUAGACACAUAAAGUUCAAAUUUUCAGAAUUCAGUUGUAUCAAACAAUGUGUGAAUUCCUAAAUGUUCAAUUCAGGUAGCAUGAUUUUAGCAGAAUAUUACCUUCUUCAAGAUGAAUAUUUAGGUCUGUUUCAGCCUCUAAUGUCCUUUCUUUUCUCACUUAAAGUGAGGAUUAAAAAAAGAAUGGUGAAUUUCAUUUUAAUAGUAAUAAAUUAUUUUAGUGAAAGAUUUACAUUAUAGGUAAAAUGUGUCAGUGAAGAAAGGAAACAAAACUUUUUUAUACUUGAAUGAGGCUUAUUAUACUCUCAAAAGAAUUAUUCAUAUGUUAAUUAUGACUUUUUAGAAAAGUACAUGUUUUAAAUGUUCAUCUUAUUUUACUAAUUUCAAAAAUGAAAACUAUGUAGCUCUUUGCUGUAAAAAUUAUAGUACAUGUUUCAUCCUCUUACUCCCACCCAAAUCUCUAUCUGGUUAGAAUGUUCCAUGCAUCUGGGAGUCUAGUGCAGCUUAAUUUAACAUUGUUCAGUAAAGAUAUUUUAUAUCCCAGGACUAUUUUGUCCUCUUCCUGACACUCUAUCCCUGCCCCAAGCUGAAGAAUUCCAUUGUCUAAAAGUAGCAGGUCUGAGAUUUUUAUUUACAAGUGUAUUUUCUGUGAUAAGUUAUAAAAAGAAAACUCACUAUGAAGUAGUUCAGGGUACUUUUCUGAUCUCUAUAGCAGCAUACGAUUGCUGUUGUGUGACAACUUAUAGCCACUGGUUUUCAGUAUCUCAUGUCUCUUGGCACUAUUUUUCUCCUUAGACAUUUAUGGAAGAUUCUGAAUUAAACCAUUUCUUAAUUAAGCCUGCAGUUUUUUCCUUUGAAAAUAUGCUAAUAAGGGCAUGAUCAAUUAUUUAAUACUUUAGUAAAAAGGGAAACAUACUUUGGAUAAAAGCAAUAUGAGAAUUCUAGUGAAGGAAAAUAUUGAUCACAUUGAGAUUUUUUUGUUUAGCAUUUUACUUUUCUUGAGCUCCUUAGAGAAAACUGCUACAAAAAUUUAAUAGUAUUGGUAUUUAGAUACUGAUAGAAAAUUUGGAUUUUAAUCUGAAAUUAUUUGCCACUAUAUAUAAUACUUGAAACCAAAAUAAUUUUGUUCUUAUUAUUUCCUUCAGUUACUGCCUUGAUAGAGUAAAAGAGGUAAACAAGUGGGGGAAAUGUAAGAUGAAUAAAAACUGGCUACAUACUUUAAAUUCUAAUUGAUCUUCCAUGUCUCACACUUACUCUAGCUUCAACUCAUUUAUUUUUCUAGUUGCCUCUCAUUUUGGAUUUAGUGCCUGUACAACUCUUAUCUGUCAUUCUUUGAUGUCAGGUUCUUAAAGGAAAUGAAAGACAUACAUAAAUUUCUUAACUCUAGAAAGAUUGCUUACAAAAGACUUGAGUUGGGUGACUAAAUAGCUGUGUCUGCGUUGCCAGCUGCCCUUCCUUAGCACCAAAUAAGGACAGUGUGAUGUAUUACUCAAAAUUUAAAUGGUUACUUUCUAGUUCUUACCAGGUAGAAAUAAGCAAUAACUAAUUAAAGGCAGAAUUUUACAUUACUAACAUGAUUUCUGAAGUUUAAUUUGAGGUAGGUGUAAUUUAAAAAUAAAACAGCUAGCGUGGAGACUCUAAAUUUAUUCAUACUUCUAUUCCUUACAUGCAUGACUGGAUGCCAGAUAAAUGAGCCAAACGUUUUAUGUAGCUAAGUUUAUUCUCAUAACAUAUUACAUUUAAAUGUGUAAAAGUGGUCAACAGCGAAAGGGGCAAAAAGAAAAGCAAAUCAUUUUUUCGGGAUAAAUAGCUGCUUUGGAUGGCUUAGGGUGCUCUAACCGGUAAAGUAAGAGCAAGUAUUUUUCCCUAAGCUGAAGUAAGUUAAACUUUGUUUAAUUGGCUGUGUAACACACAUCAGCCAUGUUGUAUUAUUACGCUAAGCCUGGCAAACAGAGAGCUAAUGGUUAUAUUAAAUUGUACUAGUAUCAGUUAGGGAAAUGUUGCUUAUGAAACCUUGAAUUUGUAUUGCAAUGCUUAUGAAACAAUUGUCGUAGAGGAAGAGGAAAGAAAGAUUUAGGAUUUCUAGUAAAUGACCCUGUGCAGAAGAGUAUUAUAACUGGUCAUCUUAAAAUCACAAAUUUUAAAUAAAGUAGCAGUGCCAACAGUUCAUCACCAAGAACUUGUUUUAAUGGAAAUGGGUCUAAUGUCCCUUCAUGCAUUAAGACAGAUAAACAAAAAAUAAUGUUCCUAAUUAGCUAUGGGUGAUCUUACAUCCAGGUGGAAACCAAGGUCAUGUGGACAUGUAUAUCUGUUAGAUGAAGUCACACUUGUUGUGAAGGAUAUAAAAAUGAAGCACCAAGCAGUGCUUUAGUUUGCAAAGUAAAGUUUUUAGCCAUAGGCUUGUUGGCUAGUCCCCUUGACGUUGUCAAGGAGCUCAUAAAUGAGGUGGCAAGUCUGCGUCUAUCUAGCCGCUUUUAAAAAAUAAAAGGAACUUUAAACAUUUUGCCUUUUCUUCUACAUAUUCCAAUAAAAAUGUGAUUAUAGAUCAUUAGAAAACCACCUUUUAGGCAAUGUAUAGUUCACUGAGAUUACUUAGACCUGGAUACAUUGCAAGAUAAUAUCCAGUAAAGAUAAUACAUUAACACAAUAAUGCAGUAUAUUUCCGUAAAAAUAGAAUAAAUAAAAUAAAAAUAUUUUAAGCUGUAUUUAUCAGGUUAAUUAAAAAAAAUGAUACGACAUACAAGGCAUAGUGAACAUGGCUGCCUGUUUACCGAAAUCAGAUACAAAGAAUGCAUAGAUAACUGAAGUGUCACUACAAUAUUGGGUAAAACAUUGGCAUCCUUUCACAAACAAAUACACACAUACUUUCAUACAUACUUUUUGGCCAUGGCAGAAAGUGUCUGAACAUACUGUUUAACAUAACUUUACAAAAUAAAUUUGCAUUUAGUAUGCAAAGCUAUUUUCAAAACAAAAUAUCUGCAGUAAAAUUUUCAAUAUGUAAAGGCUAUCAUUCAUCUUAAUGCAUCCUAUAAUUGCAUAUAUAAAUCAGUGUGCUACUUAAAGCUAGCUCAGUAUUCUUGAUCCUGAAAACAAACAAAUGUAUGCCUUAAAAAAUGAACAGGGGGUAGAAAUUUCCAGUAUAAAAGUGGAUUAUUUGUUCAGAACUUUGAAAGUUAUCACAUUAAAACUUUUCACUGUGGAAAUCAAGAUUAAAGAUCAUCAUGACUGAAUUUUGAACAGCUUUUCAAAGGGCACAGUCAGGAUUUUCUUAAUGUAAAAAUUUUCUAGGAUGGCACUGGUUAUUUCAGAUAGAAUGGUGUCUCAGUUGUUGAGAAAUAUAAUGCAUUUCUGAAGUAGCAUCGUUUUUGUCAUAACACUAGGGGCAAACAAUUCCUGGGUGGUGUAAAUGGUUAACAUGUUUGGCUGCUAACGAAAAGGUUGGAGGUCCAGGUUCAUUCAUAGGUGCCUUGGAAGAAAGGACUGGUGAUCUACUUCUGAAAAAUCAGCCAUUGAAAACCCUAGGGAACACAGUUCUACUCUGAUACCCAUGGGGUCGCCAUGAGUUGGAAUUGACUUGAUGACAACUGGUUAACUACCCACCCCCGAGAAAAUGAAUUGUGAGCGGGGACAGCAGGGAGGAGCACGCCUUUUCAUUCCAUCAUGUUCUCUGGCAGGCAGGUACCAUGAAUUAAGAAUAUCUCUAUCACAAGUAACAUUAUCUCUGGAAAAUCUCAUAGGUUGAGCAGGCUGUACUGAAUACAGAAUACUGUCCUUUAAAACACACUGUAGGAAAAAUGUUCUGGACUGAGAGAGGGCAAUGGUUUUUAUAAUACCACUGCAUGAAUAAUUUGGACAUAUUUCCCCACUUAACAUGGGGAAUUCUAAGACUGCCUGACAAUGAAUAUUUCCAUACCUACUCUUUGUACCUACCCAGAGUCAUUUUGGAAAGGCUCUUCUGGACUGAUGUGGAAGAAGCAUAUCACACUCAGAACUGGGAGUUGGGAAGCUUGGGUCCUGGUCCUGGUUCUAACUUUAGCAAGCUCUUGGGCCAAAUGAUUUAGCCUCAUGGUACUUCAUUAGUUUCAUUUCUCAAAUGUAUUUAGUCCCUUCUCUACCUUAUAAGGCUCAAAUGUGAUAAGAAUGUGGAAAUCAUUUUUGAGAAGUACAUAGCAGUGUCUAAAUGUAAAGCAUUACUUUUAUAACUGGAUGUUUCAAAACACUAAUUGUGACAUUAAAAAGUGAAAGAGACAACUAAUAUUUAAGUUGAUCUCCUUAGCAACUUUCUUUUAAAAUAACAAUGUCAACAGGAGUCUGAAUUUAUCUUUAUAGCUAAGUUUCAUAUCUACAAAGAAAGAAGCAAGAAAGCGCUACUUUGGGGAAACUUACUAAAUAGUCCAUUGUUCCUAUGCAUAUUUUGCUAUGAUAUGAAAUUUUAAAAACCUGAAAAUAAAAUGGAAAGCAUACAAAUUUAAAAAUAUAUCUAAUAGAGUCCAACAAAUUCUAAUAUUAAAUAUAUAAAUUCAAGAAAGGUUCACCUUAAUGAAGUUUGUUGCCAUGGACUAUACAUGAUGGACAUACAGCUUUCUGGGCAAAAUGCAUUGUAUUAAGAUUGGGCUAGUGCAGAAUGCUAGCAGAACAGGAGGUGGUCUAACAAAAAUAAUGUAGUGGUGGAUCUCUAAAAUAACUGUGUACAACCUAAGUAUAAAUGACGUUUCCUCAACUCCAAACU